GACAAGAUGGAAGAGAACAGCAGCCGCAGGAGAACAAUGUUUUGGCAGUAAAAACUCAAAGGAACGAUUACUGGGGAAAAUAUAAACGCUAAAGAGUCGGUUGCGGUCAUGUAUUGGAUAUCCCCCUUUUAGUCCUUUUUCUAUUUUCUUCCCCUCCCCUCUCCUCUUUUCUUUCUCUUGAAUGAACGGACGUCCCGUCCUCCAGCAAUACGCCGCCACCACCACCACCACCAGCAGCUGCAACAAUCCCACCUCCACCGCCUUCACCUCCGCCACCAUGAGCCUCAUCCAGGACAAGCUGGGCAACGAGUUCCUGCGCAGUAACGGCGGCAUGGACCCCAACUUCCAGCCGGCCAGCAUGCUGAUGUUCAGCCACCUGCCGCCGGUUACCAGCUUCACGCGGCUGGCCUCGCAGUCGGUCAUGGGCGACCUGCAGCAGGAGAUGAUCCUCAAGAAGGAGCGCGACUCCCCCGACCACGGCGCCAGCGGAGGCUUCCUCCACGGCAUGGGCAUCAAGCAGGAGAAGCUGAGCGAGCUCGACUACCGCCUGCCGCUGUACGGCGCGUCGCAAUCGACCGGGCACCACAUCACGGUCGCCGGCGGAAACAACACGAUGGUACAGGGAGGCGGUGUCGGCGGGAAGGGGGCCGGCACUAUGGACAUGCUGGACAUGUCGCUGGGCAACCACCAGAACAUGCUUCUGCAUGACCUCAGCCUUAGCAACUUCUCGGGCAGAUUAGGGAAGGAGCCCAAGGAGGGCACGGGCCGGCGGGGCAAGAAGGCCAACGGAGAGGGAAACGAAGGCAAGGGCCGCAGGAAACGAGGGGACGCUGCAAAGUCACUGAUGCUGGAUGGAGAUGGGGGUCCCAUGUCCCCGAACUGCAAGCCUCACAUCUGCGAGCACUGCAACGCAGCCUUCCGCAGUUCCUACCACCUGCGCAGACACGUGCUCAUACACACAGGGGAGAGGCCCUUCAGGUGCAGUCAGUGCAACAUGAGCUUCAUCCAGAAGUACCUGCUGCAGAGACACGAGAAGAUCCACAGCGGAGAGAAGCCGUUUAGCUGUGAUCAGUGUAACAUGCGCUUCAUUCAGAAGUACCACAUGGAGAGACACAAGAGGACUCAUAGUGGAGAAAAGCCAUAUAAAUGUGACAACUGCCAACAGUAUUUCUCACGCACCGACCGAUUACUGAAGCACAAGCGCACCUGUGAAGAAGCCAUAAAGAAGGGCCUGGACCCAAGCAUGCUGGACCUCGGGGAAGACGACCUCGGCCAGGGCAGCUACCUCCUCACUCAGGGAAACCCCCCCGCCACCGCCCCCUCCGGAGGGCGCAAGCGAGGCCGAGGCAAGGGAGAGGGCGGCGGGGAGCGCCGCCGGAAGAAGGCGGCCUCAUCUUCCUCCUCCUCGCUUCACAUGCCCCGAGGCCUGGGCCUGCAGGACUACGGCGGCGGCCUCCCGUCCGCCUCGGGAGACGGCGACGCCGGGGGGCCCUCGUCGGGCGGCGGGGGCAACCACAUGGGCCGCACGCCCAAGCUGGUGUUCAAGAAGGCCGGCCGGAACAAGGGCGGCCUGGACAAGAGCCUCCUGUCGAUGGCCGACGACGCCGCCGCCGGAGGCUCCAACUCGGGCCUCCACAACCAGAAGCUCUCCGGCGGCGGCGGCGGGAUGGACGGCCUGGGCCUCAUGCAAGGCUCCGGGGGCCCCAAGCAGCCCGGCACCAGCAGCAACUACGACGACGCCAUGCAGUUCCUGAAGAAGCGGCGCUACCUGAACGCGGCCAACAGCGGGGGCGCCGGAGGCUCUGGGGUGGGCGUAGGAGUAGGUGUGGGCGGCGGCGGCGGCGGGAACCAGCAGAACGACUUUGGGCACCUCCCGCCGCCGCAGCAGACCAUCAUCCAGACCGGCCUGCCCGGCGAGCCCACGCUGGCGCUGCUGGACACCUCGCCGCUCAUCAGCGUCGACAAGCACGACAAGUCGGGCAUCCCCGACGAGGUGCUGCAGAGCCUGCUGGAUCACUACAGCCACAAGCCGGACGGCUCGCACCACCACCACCACCACAGCCACCACCACAACCCGCACCACCACCACCACCACCACGACGACGUGACCUUCGACCUCUCCGGCCACCACGUGGACCUGCAGCCGGCCGAGGUGGUGGGCCACGACGACGAGGGCUCGCCGGGCGGCUCGGGCGACAAGACGGUGGUGAUGAGCGAGUACUCCAAGUUCCUGCUGCAGACGCUGGAGCGCACCAGCCACAGCUCGGGCUUCCCGCUGGGGCCCUCGGCGCCCUUCCCCACCCUCCUGACCACCAGCAGCCCCUCGUCCUCCACCCUCUUCUCCGACAAGCACGUGUACGCCACCUCGCCGCUGGACUGCGGCUACACGCAGCCCGUCGGCUCGCCGCUGGGCCCGUCUUCCUCGUCCUCGUCUUCCGGCGGCGGCGGCGGCACCAAGUCCCACUACAGCAUGCUGGUGUCGGCGCCGUCGCCCAACAGCCACGGCUCGCAGGGCUCGUCGGGCGCCUCGCAGGGCGGGUACCACCUCAGCAGCCUGGAGCCGGCCAGCCACCAGCAGCUCACCCCGUCGCAGGAGCUGGACCAGCUGGAGAAGCAGCACUCGCCGCCCUUCCAGCUGACCUCCGACAUGGCCAACGGCGGGGCCGGGUCGGCGGGCGGUCCGAAGGACGGGAAGAACGGCGGCGGGAACGGUUCCGCGGGAGGUGGGAACUCGGACGGCGGAACCGGCGCCGGCACCAACGGCAACGCGGGGAACGGGCCGGUGUACCCGGACCUGGCGCCGCUGGAGCCCUCCAAGGAGGUGGACCUGCGUUCCACGUACCAGAUCGAGAACUUCGCCCAGGCCUUUGGCGCGCAGUUCAAGUCCGGCCGCGGGACCCCGCUGUCGGCGUACGGCGGCGGUGCUGACGACCACCGGUUGCCGCGGACUACCGUCUCGGAAUUCUCAGGGUAUACUAGUCUGUUGGCGGACGUCGGCGAGCCCGCUAGCUCAGGAUCCAAAACUCCCACGAGCCAAAGUUACAGGUAAAUAGGGUCGUCCAAGGAGGGGGGAGGGGACAGUGUCUUCCAACCUCAGUUGGAAACUUCAGAACAUUGGAAACCUAAUCGACCCCACUUCAACCCCCUCCCCCCCAAAUCCAUUUUAUAACAACCGUUAAACAAGACAGAAAGACUUACUACACUGCCAUUAAUUGUUAAUAUGAGACUCUACCAGGGAAGGUCUUCAAGACCUCAUGCAAUUUUUUCUAAAAAAGUACUCCUUUUUAAUAUGUAUUCAGUCUUUAUGUCUUUAUUUUAAGAAAAAACAGUGUAGUGUGUAUGAUAUUGUUUUUUUUUUUGUAGGUUUUAAAUGUAUUUUUUUUUUCUCUUCCUCGAUGAAAACUAGAGGGUAGCUAUGAACUGGCUUGUGUUCCUAAAAACCCCUGUGUGUUUUAGCAAUCAGGAUGCAUUUGUAAAAUAUUAAUGAUGAUGAUAAUGAUUACAGUAAUAAUGUGUCAGGGAGAGGCCCAGUGUUCAAAAGGCAAAAAACCCUAUGUAUUGUCUGUUACAAUAAUGAAAAGUAUUACUCAGGAAAAAAGCAGCAAACUAAGAGGUUAUUUUUUUCCUCAUUUUUUUUUUCUUCUUUCAUGACGAGGCAACUUUGACAGGUUUACUUGUAUAAGUACAUUGAAGCUUUUUUGUUUUUGUUUUUGUUUAUGCAUUUGAAAACUUCCUACAGGAAGGGAAGACUGUAGCCAAUCAUGAGUCUGUGCAUUCAGUCACUGACAGACCUUUUCCACUACUAGUGAUGUUAUGGAGAUUAUGGUACCUUUUUAUUUUUUCAAAGACAAACACACCCAUCUCUCUGUCUUUCUCUCUCUCUCUCUCUCUCUCUCUGCCUGUCUGUGUCUCUCUCUCU